UUUGCCGCUAAAAAUAAGCUCGGCUUAUUUUCGUGGCCGCGCGCGGCGGCUCUCGUUGCUCUCAAGCGACUCGGCCGCUUCGCGCUGCUCCCCUCCCACUUGUGAUAUUCUAAUCGCAAUCGAACGGCCAUCGCGGCGGCCUACGAAAUCCCCCUCGAAAUAGAACGACAGUGCCAGAGAUUAGUUGAGAGAUAGCUGACCGUAAUCUGCUGUUGCGCGAUUCGGCGAUCGCAGACACUCGAGCGGUCGAGUGAGUGCCCGUGAAUUUUGCCUGCAUUCCGUGUGCCUGACUGAGCGCCCUCUACUCAUGCCAAAAUCAAAGUCAAGAUUAAACUGCUUUUGUUCUUUCCGGCUCGUUUUCCGCUUCGCUCACCUCUGUCCAAUUUGGCCGUUUAUCACUUGCUUGUACGCGAGCCCAAGAGAGCAACGCCGGCGGGACACGUGAUCCGACGUGAUCCAACCUCCAUCUGAUGAUUCGAAGCGCCAGAGAUACGGAAAUACGCGUACUUACUCCCAAGCGAAUCACCGCAGGCAUUGCCUUCGAACGGUUUUUCGAUUACGUGUGAAAUGUACAUCUAGUAUACGACUGUUAAUUUUAAAAAAGGACAGCUUGAUGCAUGGCGGAGACGCACUUGUGACCAUCAUCUGUUUAUUUGCCGUGGGCAAAAAAAACGCGCAGUGUCGCAGGCAGGAGUGUUAGGUACGAUACGGGUAGUGAAUUCCAGAUCAAUAAACGAAAGGCCCGAAUCGAGGCAAGGCAUCUCUGGGCUCGAAUCGUAGCGCUUGUGCGCGAGUUGUUGCGGAUGCUGACUCAAGUGAAGCUAGGUUAGAAAGUUCUCGCUGCGUCAUCGGACGAUCGGCACGACAACCAUUGAAAAUAGCGAGCUCGCAGCGAAAGAGAGAGAGCCAAUUGCCAAUCAGCGAGGAGGAAGAACGUCGGUCGGCCAGGCUCACGCGCGUCCCGGCCCCAAUGACUGACGUGACUGACGCCUGGUUCCAAUAAUAGAACGAGGGGACGAGCGACCAGAUGGAGAGCGCGGCCAAAGGCGUCGAGUGGUCGCAGGAGCAGGCCUGCCGGAGCAAGCUGAGAUUGGUGCGGGCACGGCGCGCGCGACGCCUCGACCAAGCAGCUCAAGGCGAGGCGCGCGGCCGCCAAGCCGGCCACAGCCACGGCCUCGAGCUCGUCGCCUCCACCACGCUGCACAAGGCCUUCGCGGACGUGUGCUUCUGCGACGCCACGCAGGAGUACCUGCUGCUGGACCGGGCGGUGGAGGUGCAGCGCUUCUCCGCGCAGGGCAAGCAGCUGCGACCCGCCUACCCGCUCGAGCCCUCGAUGAGCUUCGGCCGGCUGCUCUGGUGCGGCGCCGAGGCCCAGUGCCUGGUCGGCUACGAGCCCGGCCAGCCGCUGAUCUGGCUGCUGAGCCCGCGCUGCCGCGGCCUGCGCCCGGCGCUCGGCGGCGAGCUGCGCGCCAGGACCGUGCACUACGCGCCGGGCGCCAACCAGCUGGUGGUCGUGAGCGCCGAGCAGGCACUCACCUACCGCCUCGGAGAGGAGCGCGCGGAGCCGAGCGCGGCAGUUGCCUACGCCGACCCCGACUCCGGGCCCAGCUGGCAGCUGGACUGCUCGACACUGCUGGCCCCGGACGCAGCCUGGCCGGGCGGCCGGCUGGCCUCCUCGUACCUGAGCACGCUCUACCUGCUGGCGCUGCCGGCCGAGGGGCUCGCCGACGAGCCUGAGCACGGCCGGCCGCUGGCCAGACGCGCCGGCGCCGCGCCGGCGGCCAUAACCGCGCUGCGGCUGUACGAGCCGGCGGCCUGGCUGCUCGUCGGCGACCAGCAGGGCAACCUGCUGGCCUACAACCUGGAGCUCGAGUGCGUGAUGGCGCAGGAGGGCGCGCACGGCGCCCGCCUGGCGAUGCUGCACCCGCACCCGACCAUCCGCGGCUUCCUCAGCGCCGCCCGCGGCGAGCUGCGCGUCUGGAGCUGCGACAUGCGCGCCGGGCUGGAGGCCUUCGGCGAGCUCGGCGGCGCGCUCGUCGCCCUUGCCGUCGCCCCCGCGGCCGCCAGCGUGCUCGCUCUCGCCGGGCGCCGGCUCAGCUUCCUGACCAUGCACCGGCUCUACUGCUCCUUCGCGCCGCUCACGUCCCCCGUCAAGUGCCUCACUUCAACGCAGAACCCCAUGUACUCGACCAAAACCACCGUUGUAAGUAAAGACAAUAGCGUAAGGAUAUUUUCUUCGGACGGCAGUCAACUGAGCGUUCAAAUUCUGCCGGAAGAACCGUUGAAUGUUGUAUCGGCCGCAUACUGCGGAAAUGCAAAUCGAUUAUUUACGAUUAUCUCGGAAGCCGGCGAAAUUCUUGUUAGCGAUAGCAGCGCCUGCCCAAUGAAAUUCAAGAGCGUAUUCGUGAGCAGUGAAGAGCGGAUAACCAGUAUUGUUGGAUACGAGAUUUACGAGGAAAUACGUAAUGACGACGGUACCUCCAAACGCAACAGAGUUUUCUAUCCUGUAGGCAUUCGGAUCAUUGCAGGAACAGACAAUGGCAAGCUCAUCGUUGUAAAUAGCCUCACAGGAAAACACGAGUCGAUGUGUUGGGCUCACCGUGGAUCUGUGAUGCAGCUGCGCUCGUCAUCGAUAAGUCAUCGCCUAGUUUCCCUAGGAACUGAUAAAUGUGUCAAAGUUUGGCACAUUUUGCCGGAGCUAGCGCAACCUUUGCACCUUUUUUACGACGUACAUUUCACUUUAAGAAUUAAUCAAGUAGCCACUAUGGGGUCGAUUCUAUGUGUCGUGAAUAGUUCGAAAACCGACAAUGUGCACCAACUGAUCAUGUACCAUAUGAAGGAACGAGAGCGAUUGGAACAUCCUAACACCGAUGAUCACAGAGCACCAAUUGUAGAUAUGAUUACUUCGGAGUCGUUAAAAAUAUGCGCAACGUCGUCUCUAGAUAAUACUAUUCGAAUAUGGAGUGAUGACAAUUGUCUUGUCAAUGUUUUGCGAUUAAACCUUUGUGCAUGGAGUACUGCAUUCUCGUCGGUCAAUGGAGACAUUGUUUUUGGCGCUGGGCGACGUUUGUAUAAAAUACCUUAUGAAAAUUAUUUAACGCCAUAUUAUCAAGCGAAAAUGAGUACCACUGACUUAUCCGAAGAUGAUUACGAUGAAUUAGUGGCUGAAGAUUCUAAAUACAGAAUCUACGACAAUGAAAUCAACAGAAGCGCAAUGCUGCAUCCUGUUAAUAGCUUGCUGCUUGCUUCAAUAGAUGUUUUCGAUUCCAAAAAUCCUCAAGUAGACCUCGUUCAAAAACAAAUUUGUGAAUUAAUCGAGUCUCGAGAUGAAGAUAUCAGAAACAUCAAAAACUAUCUUGUGACUUCGUCUAAAGUUAUUACAAGUAGAGCACUUAUGACUGCACAACAAUGGGAAGAAUACGUGAAUGAUUUAUUAAGUAGUUUAACGCCAACUGUACCGCAACUACCAGAGUUUCAAUUUAAAAGUAUAGUCGAGACUAACUCGCAAGAAAACAAGGCGUACAAUGAACCAGCCGUAUUUCAUAUGCUUUUCGGCUACAGCUUGGACAAUCUUCAGUACACCGAAUGUUUAGCGGAAAAAAUAAUGAAUGAUAUAUUUCCGUUGCAUGGAUUCUUACCAAACUCGAUUCUCUAUAAAUCCAAAGAACCAGAGAUUCCUAAAGUUUACGAAAAGCCGCCAAAGAAAGAAUUAGUGAAGUACAAAUAUCCAGUUGAAUUUUUCAAAAAAUCACAAGAAAGCAUUCUAGAAGCAAGAAAAUCUAUAAGACUUUCUCAGUUAGUAUUGGUGGAAAGUAAAACUGACGAACAAGAAAAUGCUUGAAAUGUUUAACAAUAAAAUAUUUAAUUAAUCAAUAUUUACAAAAUUUUACUAUAUUAUCAAAAUCUUUGUAUAACAAUAAAAAAAUAUUUACAGCCUUAUUACAAUGAG